GCGGCGGCGGUGGCGGUGGCGCCCCUCGCGCCAGCGCGUAGAACGCCGGCGACUCCGGGGCCGCCGCUGGCCCCGCUGCCAUGAGUUGUGCGGAGGUGAUGUAUCACCCGCAGCCGUAUGGAGCGCCCCAGUAUCUGCCCAACCCCGUGGCUGCUGCAACCUGCCCCACAGCCUGCUAUCAUCCGGCGUCCCAACCUGGCCAGCAGAAGAAGUUAGCGGUAUACAGCAAGAUGCAGGACUCUCUGGAAGUCACGCUUCCCAGCAAACAAGAGGAGGAUGAGGAGGAGGAGGAUGAGGAGGAGGAGGAGGAGAAAGACCAGCCUGCCGAGAUGGAGUACCUUAACUCUCGCUGUGUCCUUUUCACUUAUUUCCAGGGAGACAUUGGGUCAGUAGUGGAUGAACACUUCUCAAGAGCUUUGGGCCAAGCCAGCACCUUGCAUCCAGAAUCUGCCAUUUCAAAAAGCAAGAUGGGGCUAACCCCCCUAUGGCGAGACAGCUCAGCUCUCUCAAGCCAGCGGAGUAAUUUCCCAGCUUCCUUUUGGACCAGCUCUUACCAGCCCCCUCCUGCGCCUUGUUUGGGGGGUGUUCAUCCUGACUUCCAAGUCACUGCACCCCAUGGCACCUUUACAACAGCAGACCCCAAUUCUUGGCCAGGACAUGGUCUACAUCAGACUGGCCCCGCCCCACCCCCUCCUGCAUCCGAGUCCUGGCACUAUCCUCUGGCAUCUCAGGUGAGCCCAUCCUACAGCCACAUGCAUGACAUGUACAUGCGGCAUCACCACCCUCACGCUCAUAUGCACCACCGCCACCAUCAUCACCACCACCACCCAACUGCUGGUUCUGCCCUGGAUCCCGCCUACGGGCCCCUGCUAAUGCCAUCAGUGCGUACUGCCAGGAUUCCUGCUCCCCAGUGUGACAUCACAAAGACAGAUCCGACUACAGUCACCACGGCUACCUCAGCAUGGGCUGGAGCCUUUCAUGGGACAGUGGACAUCAUGCCAAGCAUGAGCUUUGAUACAGGUCUUCAGCAUCAGGACAAGAGCAAAGAGUCAGCUUGGUACUGAAUGAAGCAUGGUGUUGGCAGGUCAUGUUGCAGCCUGAAUCCAAGGGCCCACUGGGAAAGAUGCCAUUGUGAUUUCCUAACCAGCAAUGGGACACAGGAAGCAUGGAUGGAAAGGGGGACAUAGAAAGCCGUUGUGCUUGGAUUCAAA